AUGAUCAUGGACAUAAAAAGGUGUAGGGAUAUCAAUAUCCCACUCGAUCUAACGGUGGAGAUACUCAAGAAACUUCCGGCGAAGUCUCUGGCGAGGUUCCGAUGCGUCUCGACUGAGUGGGAAAGUAUUAUCAAUAAAUUCAUAGUCAUAAACUCGAUCGUGACUCGGUGUUUGACUAAACCACCGCGUGAUCUCCACUUCAUCUUAAAUAGGUGGUCGCUCUUAAAUACGAAGAACAAAUCCUCUAGGUUCACCAACUUCUCGUAUAGUUACCUUUAUCCUCAGAUCACAAACGAAGAACAACUCUAUGACGGGUAUAUCUUCGAAAGUAACAAAGGCUAUGGCUCUGAUCCAAGCUUUCAAUACGUACGUGGCUUGAUCGGUUUUCAGUGUUCGGAUAAUGGUCCGUUCAGAAUACACAACCCUACCACGAGGCAAUUUGUUACCUUACCCGUUACGUGUUUGCCCGCGACAUGCAUCUACUUAUUCGGGUACGACCCUUUCGAAAAUCAAUACAAAGUGGUGUGGCUAAAGGAGCAGUCCUGUCAAGUUUUCACAUUGGGAGAUCCCACAAAGCAGUGGAGAGAUAUCCAAUGCAGCCUAGGGUUUCACUUCCGAGUCGGAGAAGCAGUUUGCAUCAAUGGCGCAAUCUAUUACAAAGCAAGUACAAAGAGUUUGACUUACCAUUUGAUGAGUUUCGAUGUUAGGUCCGAAGUUUUUUAUCAUAUUCAGGCUCCGGAAGAUCUGUGGCUGCGGCUUAAGCGUGGAUAUGUGACUUUUGUAAACUACCACGAGAAGUUAGGAUGCAUAUCUCGCAUCAAACUCAACGAAAACGAUGUGGAUAUGUGGCUUAUGGAGACUGCCGGGAAACAAGAGUGGUCCAAGGUUACAUUUGUGGCCAUGCUUCAAGAUUUACCAAAAGCAAUCACAUGUGCGGGUGUCACUCAUCCUGGUGGUGAAAUGGUUUUAGUCAGUCAGGUUUAUCGUCAUGAUGAGUUGGGUCCAGUUGUUUAUUAUUAUGAUCCAAUACGGAAUUGUAGUAGAAGAGCUAAAGUCCAAAUUACAACGUCCUUACUCGAAAUAGAGCCUAGGGAUUGUGUUAGAAUCUGGGCUGUCACGGAUCAUGUUGAGAAUAUUAUGCCUUUGUAG